GGCGAUUUUGCUGUACUUUUUUUUACCCGUUCCAAUUUAAUUUAAGUUCGUAGUCUUAAGGAUACUCACACACAAAAUGCUAUGCUGCAAGAAGUAUGCCGUCUGCUGGAUCAUCCUGGUGGUGGCCGCCGUGGGCGUCACUUUGGGCCUGGUCUUCGGGCUGCGGGACAAGGCGGAGGAGCCGCGUCGCAUGGGCGCCGUUGCCUCGAACGGCGUGGGAUGCGCCGAGGUGGGCGGGACCAUGUUGGAUAUCGGAGGAUCGGCGGCGGAUGCGGCCAUAGCCACCAUGUUGUGCGAGGGCGUCAUGCUGCCGCACAGCUUGGGCGUGGGCGGUGGCUUUGUGGCCACCAUUUACUCCAAGGAGCUGGAUCACAAGGAGACGCUGAUUGCCCGCGAAACUGCGCCGGCGGCGGCCACGCAGGACAUGUUCGUGGGCAAGGAGAUCACGGGAGCUCUCUCGUGCGCCGUUCCCAGCGAGAUCUAUGGCUACUCCAAGCUGCACACAAAGUACGGCAGACUGCCGUGGAAGACGCUCUUCCAGCCGACCAUCGAUCUCUGCCGUCACGGCAUCCUGGUCUCCAGAUAUCUGGCGGGGGUCCUGCAGCGCGAGGAGGAGCGCAUCCGCAGCGAACCGUCCAUGGCCGAGAUCUUUGUUAACCCGAAAACCGAUGAGGUCUACAAGGAGGGUGAGGUCAUGUACCGUCACACACUGGCUGAAACGCUGGAGAUCAUCGCCAAUGAGGGCGCCCAGGUCAUCUAUGGCGGGGGCAGGGUGGGCAGGAAACUGGUCGAGGACAUCCAGGAGAUGGGCGGCAUCAUUACCGAGGAGGAUCUGCAGAAAUACGAUGUUCGCUGGGAAAUGCCGCUGCACGCUCGCUUUGGGAACUACGAUCUGAUCACCUCGCCACUGCCCACCAGUGGAGCCGUGCUGACCUUCAUCCUGAACGUGAUGGAGCCGCUGUACACGACGAAUACGGACAGGUACUGGCAGCGAUUGAUCGAGACCUUCAAGCACGCCUACGGGCAUCGCACCAAUUUGGGCGACGUCCACUACGAGCCGGAUGUGCAGGAGAUCUACGAGAAUCUGGUGGAUCCCAGCUUUGCCGCGGAGAUCCGUAAGCUGAUCCUGGACGACAGGACCUUCGAGGAUAUGGGGUAUUAUGGGGCGAAUUUCGCCAACGAAGAGGAUCACGGGACGGCGCACAUUUCCGUUUUGGCCCCGAAUGGCGAUGCCAUUUCGGUGACGAGCACUAUUAAUAGUCAUUUGGGUGCCAAGGUGAGAUCCCGCCAGACGGGUUUCAUUCUAAACGACGAGAUGGAUGACUUUAGCACCCCGGGAAAGAUCAAUGCCUACGGGAUACCCGCCAGUCCGGCGAAUUUCAUUAAGCCCGGAAAGCGUCCCAUGUCCUCCACAUGUCCCAGCAUCGUUUUGGAUUCGCAUGGCAAUGUUAAGUUGAUUGUGGGAGGAGCCGGUGGCUCAAAGAUCACCACCUCGGUGGCCCAGACCAUUCUGCGUUACUUUGUGUUGAAUGAACCGAUUGAGAAGGCUGUGAAUGCCGGUCGUCUGCAUCAUCAACUGGCGCCCAUGCACAUCGACAUGGAACCGGAUGUGCCCAGGCAUACGGUGGCCUAUUUGCGGGCCAUCGGGCAUGAUAUUAAGUUCCUCGAAGAUGACAAGGCCUAUUCCGCCCAGACGGCCAUCGGAAUUUUGGGCGGCGAACCGCAUCCCGUCUGCGAUCGAAGGAGAAGGGGCAGCGCAGUGGUCGUGGAGCCAGAUCGCUUGGAUUAGGGAGCUCAUCUCAUCUGGAAUCCUCUCUAUAAAUAUUUUCUGUUCUGUACUCUAAGAAUUCGUUUGUAAUGCCCUUUUUGUUGUUAACCAUUAAAAUUGAUUGUUUAUAGGAA